AUGUCCCUUGCACCCAGCAACGAUCAAAAAAAGGUCAAGGUGACUUUUCAAGGUCACGAUUGGCGCUCUACGAUGGAACUCUCCUCCGACGAAGCUCUAGCGGUAUGGAACUUUAUACACAAUCGCAGGCGCUUGAUGGGCUCUUCUGCAGCUCCGACAAGCUCGGCGGGUCUUGGAGUGUUGGCUAUCGAAGCGGGCCCCCUCCCUUCGGUGCCUCUGCCAACGCAUCCGGGACCUGCACGCCCAGCAUUCACCAGCGCCGCUUCUACCCUGCCGCACGCUUCCAAAGAGUGCGCGAGUAGUAGUGCGCACCCCAAGCCCAAGCCUUUGAAGAGGACGGAUGCGAGCCGUGCGCACAUGACCAAGAAACAAAGAAAGGCACAGAAGUUGAUCGCGCAGUCUCUGUCAAGUGCCUGGCGCGUGACGCCUAGUCCAUCAAACCCGCUCUUCACUGCAAUGUCCGCAUCCUCCGGAGCGCCCGAAAUUGAGCUCUGCAAACUCUCUCUGACCGGCUCGAGGCUGGAGCUGCGUGUGGAAUUGACUGUCCAGCAGGCAUGGGAUGCGAUAUCAUUCAUGCGGCAGGGCUAUCCUCCCCAACGCCCGCAGGAUUCGGCAAACACCUAUCGCGCAAGUCUGUGUGGAUCUACCAUUCGGCUGGAAUCGCAAUUGACAGCCAAAGAAGCUUCAGCGCUCGUUUUGCACCUUGGCCGUACGCUCCUCGCACCGGUCCCGACGCGUGACCUGAGCACCGACGUGCCACUGGUCAACGCGUUCCAUGAUUGCGAGACGCCUCGCUCGCUUGCACUAUCUCCGCUAUCGGAAGGCCGUUUGGACGUAACUGUCGAGGACGACGCGCUCGAAGUAGUCGGACAGGUGCGCACGAGUACGGACCCGCUUGCCGCUACGCAAAGGAACGCUUCCAUCCACUCUUUGUCAUCACGACUCGACCCGAACGAGACUGCAUCGAGCGCAUUGAGACCUUCAGCAAGCUUGCGAGAAGCCAAUAGAGUCGCUUUUUCCCUACAGGAGCAGAGGCAAGCGAGAGAACUGAGAGAGCGUACCUCCUCCAUCCGCAACACGCUCUCACCCACAUUCUCCUCCAACUUGUCUGCCGUCGCAUCUCAUGCGUCAGGCCGUACGGAAGGCCUUCGGUCUCCCACGUCUUUCGGAAACGGAAGCAGAUUGUCACGAUCCACCGCUUCGGGAAGGUCGAAUUUUGGCUUCAGUAGCGCAGACCAGCCAUCUUCUUCGAGGCUUUUGCACCGCCUCUUUACGCCUAUACCGAGCCCAAGCUCCAGAUUUUCUGCGCGCAAGUAA